AUGAUUCUGAAAAUUGUAACCGAGAACGAUCGCAUAUUUGGGAAGCCAUGGAUGAUCACUGACGUGUGUCGUGACAUGAUCCUAAUAGAAAACCAGUUACCCUUUUUCAUUGUGAAGGGGUUUUAUCAUCUCUUGACUCCUUACUACCAACAAGCAACACCUUCAGUACUGGAAAUUGUUAAAAGCCACUUCAGUUGUUUCCUGAGCAACAUUGAUGCUAAUAAAAUGUAUGAAUCUGCAGAGCCAGAGCAUUUUGUUGAUCUUCUGAGGUCUUGUUAUCUGCCGCUAGUUCCAAUCAGAUUGGAAGAAGGCGGCAUAUCUACGGUUUACAAUGCGCCAAAAGCAACAGAGCUACACAACGCUGGUGUUAAGUUCAAGCCAUCAGAGACCGGUAGUUGUUUACUUGAUAUUAAAUUUGCUGAUGGAGUGCUGGAGAUUCCUACUAUUUUUGUUGAUGAUCUCACGGAAUCCCUCUUCAGGAAUAUCAUCGUGUUUGAACAAUGUCAUUGCUCAGACAAGAUCUUUCUCCACUACAUCAGGCUUCUCAGUUGCUUCAUCAGAUCCCCUGAAGAUGCUGACUUGCUCAUCCGCAGUGGGAUCUUUAUGAACAGUCUUGGAGCCGCAGAAGAUAUUUCAGAUGUGUUCGAUAGCAUCUGCACAGAGGUUGUCUUUGGCAGAAAGUUUUACUUUCAGAGCCUCUGUGAGCACUUACAAUCUUACUGCAACACACCAUGGAACAGGUGGAAGGCGAUUCUGAGACAUGACUAUUUCCACAAUCCUUGGUCAGUUGCUUCUGUUUUGGCUGCUUUGCUUCUUCUCCUUCUCACUUUCAUACAGGCUGUAUGCUCUAUCUUGGCCCUCUGA